AUGACUUUCAUAUCACAGGAGAAUGCGGCUGCCACUAAGCGUCGGCAGUCUGGCACUGCAUCGACUACAAAUGGCACCCCACAGCCACAAAGGAUCUCGCGCGAUCUGGGGGCAGCAGCCGGAAUCAGCUUUGACACCCGAGAUGCGUGCCGAAGACGAGCAGGCAGCGAGAAGAAAACAGAAAAAGACGAAGAAGAGGCAGAAUCACUCAAUCACUUCAUGGUGGCCACAGAUGAGCUACGUGGGAGCAGCAGAGGUCGCCUUUCGGUCAGCAAGAGCCCACCAGGAGAGGAGAGGACGAGUUUCGCGCGUCGCGCCUACUUCGCUCUUGGACACCCUGUCGCAGAGAUGGCCACCGCUGCAGUUUCGCGACCAACACAGGCCUUGCGCCAACGCCGCAGCGAGGUCCCACGAUUAUCCUUAGGCAAACGGACGACCACUGGCAUGGACGGCGAGGCUCAGCAGCCAGCUAAGAGGCGCAAGCUGGAGGAGCCGUACGUGCGUAAUAAUGACUUUAUUCUUCGAAAGCACAGAGGCAAGCAGCCGAGUCUGGUGAUACAUUUACAUGAUGGAUACUGGAAGUUCGGCGGGCAGGAAGGAAGUUAUGGCUAUGAUGAUCGCAUGAAGUUCGUGCUACAGCACCUUCGACAUCAUACCGUGCCGCAUGAGAUGAUGGAGGACAUGCUGGCUAUGGGAGUGAGUUGGUAUGACGGGUGUCUGAUCGUGGAGGUGCACAACCACAAGACGGCCGGAGGGAAGCAAAAUAGUCGUGCGAAGGGACAGCAGGAGGGUGGUGAGAAGUUUAGUAUGCACAGAUACAACGAGCACAUCACCCCGAGUGCUUUCGCGCCGUAUCCGAAGAAGGCGAGGACGGACGAGGACGGAGAUGAGAAGGAUACGGAGGAACAGAAGGACAAGGAUAAGGGCAAAGGCAAAGAUGAGCCAAAGACCUUUACGACUGUGCUGCAUCCGACCGAACUGUCGCGACAUCAUGAGAUGUUAUUACUUGCUGCUACGCCAGCAUCUGACCUUCGCAGUAAUAAGAAGAAGGGAAGCAUAGAUGGAUCUUCAAGUGCUGUACCUGCUACGCCCAUGCUAUCCGUGCCACCAACGCCGAUUAACACAACUCAUGGUCCUCUGAGCGGCAAUCAGAAGAUGGCACUGGAAGAAGGUGAUCUUUACUCCUUUCAAAGCGACCUCCUGGUAGCUACCGAGCCACCACUGUUUCUCGAACCCGUGAAGAAUCCUCAAGAUGCGCAACGAGUGCUUGACAUGCUUUCGCAUCCUCUACACCAAGAGAAGCCGCCUUCGCAGAAGACUCGUAAGAGAACUACAGCGCAGAUGGCGGCAGAUGAUGCACAGGCAGCAGAGGCGGAGAGGCGGAUGCUUAUCAUGGAUGAACGUAUCAAACCGUCUGCUCGCUCGGGAGCAGGUACGGCGGCUGAAAGUAAUCAAAGCACAGCUGCAUCGCUUGGCUUCUCCCGCUUCAAGACUUUGGAGAUGGUGCGCCAGAAGCAUGAGGAGAAUGAGCGCAUCAAGAAGGAAGAAGAGGCGAGGGCGGCACUCGAGAAGAAGCAGCUUGACGAGCAGAACCAGGCUCGUCAACAAGUCCAGCUAGCGCAGCAGGAACAGAGGAAACAGCAAGUGUUGCUGCAACAGCAGGCUAUGGCUGUGCAGGGUAACAAUACCAUUCAGCAACGCCAGGCUCUACUUCGAGCACAGCAGAUGGAACAACAACGCCAGGCGCAGGCCGCAGCCAUGACUAAUCAGCACACUAAUCAGACCAAUGCCCAAGCCGCUGCGAUGUUGCAAGCUCAACAAGCCAACUUUCAACAGCAGCAACAGAAUGCUGCUAUGCAGGGCUCGCCAAUACCGCGACAACAAACGCCUAGCGGUCUUAUCAACUCGAGUCCGAUGAUGCCUCAAAAUGGUUUUCCAAUGGUACCUACAUCUUCACAGGGCGCAGGCAGUCCACCGAGGCCUACAACGGGCUCACAGAAUCGCGGGGCGCAGAUGGCUAGGCAGGUUUCACAACAGCACGGCAGCCAGCACAACACUCCGCAAUUACCUCAAGGUACGCCCAGUAUGGGCCAGGCAAUGCCCAGUAGACAGAUGUCACAGACGCCACGCUUGCCACCAGGUUCUCCUGCGGUGAAUAUGCAGGGAACGCCAAUUAGUGCUGGCGGACUUGGCAUGAAUAUGCCUACGCCACAAAUGACUCAGACUAAUGCUCAAUUCACCCCUGAGCAAAUGAUGAUUCUUCAGCAGCAGCAACGCAACUUACAACAACAACAGCAGCAGCAAGCGAAUCAAAUGGCCGGGUCUCCAGGUAUGGUCAAUGGUGCAAACGGCAUGACGCCUCAUGAUAUGCAAGCCAUCCAGCAGCGCCAGAACCAGCAACGCCAAUUUGCCCUUCUCCACGCACAGCAUCAGCAAGCACAAGCGCAAGGUGUGCCGAUGAAUCCGCAAUUGCAGCAACAGUACUUGAAGUCGCGUGCGAUGGCUCAACAUCAACAGCAGCAAACCCAAAUGCGUGCCGCACAACAGCAACAGCAACAGAUGCAGCUCCAAAUGCAAAUGGCGAAUCAGCAAGGCAACGCGAAUAGUAUGCACGGCACACCAACCCCACAGAUGGGCCAUCCUCAGACACCCCAACAACAACACGCAAUGCAAAAUGGUGGCGGCAGCAACGGCGUCAACAAUGACCUCUCUGCCCUCCAGGCCCAGCAAAACAUGCAAAUAGCCCAACAACGUGCCAACGCAAUCGCAACACAACGCCUCGCCUCCCAACAACAGCACCAAGCGGCACAAGCCAGCAUGCACAUCCGCAGCCUCGGCCAACAAUACAACGGCCUCCACAACGUCCCCUCCCAAGUCGUCGAGAACCUACCCGGCCCAGUCCAACAAUUACUGCGUCAGCAAUUAUCUCGCCAGCACCAAGUGCGACAGCAUCAGCAGAAUAUGGCGGCGCAGCGCAUGGGCAGUGUGGGGAAUGAAAGCCAUGUCCCCGCCGGCACGCCGAAUCCGCAGUACAUGCAGCAGUUGAGGGCGAACCAGGCCAUGUUGCAGCAUCAGAUGAGUGUGCAGCAGCAACAGCAGCAGGGUGGUGGAGGGUUUCAGGGCCAGCAGCAGGGCGGUGGCAAUCUGGAUCAGCAUUUUUCCGCUAUGCAGAAUGCGCUUGCUAGGGGGAAUGGUGGGGGGCAGUAG